CCAAUACAAUGUAUUGACAUUUUCAAUAGGGAGGAAAUACUAAUUAUAGAGACAUUCCUUCACUUAUAGGUCAAUUGUAGUUUUCUAGUCAAUUCCUCCUUCCCUCCUUUUAUUCCUUCCUUCUUUCUCUCCCUCGCCUUCUUCCUUCUUUCCCUUCCUCUCACUUUCCUUCCCUUUCUGCUCUUCCUCUUCCUUUUUUGACAUGAUCUUGCUGUGUACCCUAGAGAACUGGAACUCACAAUCCUCUCACCUCUGCCUGGCUACUGUAAAGUCAUAUUGCCAAACAUACACAUGGGUCAGCUUGGGUCUCUUUCAUUUUAAUUUGUCUCUUGGUUAUUUUUUAAGUCGAUUAACCUUUAGGAGAUUUAUAAAGUACCAUACAAGUAUGGUCCACUUUAAUCUAUCAGGAGAAAGAGAAUGAGCCCCUGGCAUACAGUAAAGCCUCCCACCUCAUUGAUGUCAUGAUCUAGGAACCAUGUGCAUCUGUGGACAACACUGGCUACCAUCCACAGAAAGAAAGCCACUCAAUCACCUUGCAAGCAUUUCCAGUCUAAUUGGAUAAUUCCUUAGUUAAAAAGGCAUGGCGAUUCUUGAGGAAAUACAUUUCCUCUUAGAUCACUAUCUUCAAAUGACAAGUCCACGAAUUCUUCUACUUCAAUUACACUGAAGUUGAAAAUAAUUACAAAGGCAGAUGUAACUGGAAAUAAGAAGGUGCACAGAUUUCCACACACUGCUAAUCAGUAUUGUUGAGCACAAAGAAACUGGAAAACUGCUACAAUACAGGUCUGUUCUUCAUAGUGGCUCUUUGGUAUGCUCUCACCCUUAUAAAAAAGUCAUGAAGACAAGUGUUUUAAGUCUUAUGUAGAUCCGUGCUAACAAUAUUAAAAUGCCCAGGCACAAGGAAGGGGAUAGAACACAUGAUAUCACUGCUUUCCAAGGUGGCCAAUGGGACUCAAGGAUCAUGGAAGGAUGGCUGGAACCAGCUAUUAAAAGCCAAAUGGUAGUAUUCAAUGACAGAAUCAUCCACUAAUGGUCAUACUAGAUUAAAGCCUCCCAGUCAGUUGUUGGGCUCAUUACUCCUAGAUGUUCUCUGGCUGAUGCUAAUAAACUAGAUUAUUGAUUUUAGGAUUGUCUGUGUAUCCAAGGAUAUUAUCUUAAGAUGUCUUCAAAAACAUUUCACGCUUAAGUUGUCAACUAUAAUGACAUAACAAUGACUAAUCAUUUUCUAAUCAAGUUGAAAAGGGUUAAACCCCAUGUAUAAAAUGAAUCUUUCCCAGCCUCACAGUAAAAGGGACAUUCUUGCUAUCGCUCCCCUAUCUGGGUAAGGCCAUUUGCACCUGCCUGCCAUCUUCCCCAGGAAUUAGCUGCAUGUACAGCUUAAGACCUUUAUAGUCAUAAAUCUGCUUUCCACUGUGUGUGUGGAUGGCAGGAGAGCUCUCAAGACACCUCCAUCUGGGUAGGAUAUUAGCACAUCAGGUGCUAUUCCCAAGUGAAGCAAGCUGGCUUGCUGGACUGGUCGUGGUUAUUCAUCUUGCCCUGUCCUUUCAUGUGUAUGUAUAUGUGCUUCUCUGCGUAUAGGCCCUGCUCAUAGGGUGGAGGGGGCUGGUGACUGUGUGCGUAGAGUGGAUGUAUAUGUAAAGUAGAAACUGAGCCAGGAUAACAAAAUGAACUACUGUAUGCAAGAAAUGUAUGAAGUGUGCCCAGCAGCCGGCAGCAACUGCUACAUGCAGGCCACUGAUUAUUACACGUACCUGGAGGAUAGCAGGGGCUUCGGUGGUGGUGCUGCUCAGACGGUGCCCAGGAACAGCGUAUAUAUGGAACAGGCCUGGGCAGUGAACCAGCCGUAUACCUGUAGUUACCCUGGAAACAUGUUGAAAAGCAAGAACUCUGACUUGGACCUGGCCCUGCAUCAAUACAGCCAGCCUGCAUAUCUCCCUGAAGAAAAGCCUACUUUUCCUCAAGUGCAGUCACCAUCGUACUCUCAUAAAAAAGGGUACAUCCCCAGCUACUUGGACAAAGACGAGCUUUGUGUCGUGUGUGGGGACAAGGCUACAGGGUACCACUACCGCUGCAUCACCUGUGAAGGCUGCAAGGGUUUCUUUAGAAGAACCAUUCAGAAAAAUCUCCAUCCAUCCUAUUCCUGCAAAUAUGAAGGAAAAUGUGUCAUAGACAAAGUCACUCGAAAUCAGUGCCAGGAAUGUCGCUUUAAGAAAUGCAUCUAUGUUGGCAUGGCAACGGAUUUGGUGCUGGAUGACAGCAAGAGGCUGGCCAAGAGGAAGCUGAUUGAAGAGAACCGGGAGAAGAGGCGGCGGGAGGAGUUGCAGAAGUCCAUCGGGCAUAAGCCAGAGCCCACAGAUGAGGAGUGGGAGCUCAUCAAGACCGUGACUGAAGCACAUGUGGCCACCAAUGCCCAGGGCAGCCACUGGAAGCAGAAACGGAAAUUUCUGCCAGAAGACAUUGGACAAGCACCAAUAGUAAAUGCCCCAGAAGGUGGGAAGGUUGACCUGGAAGCCUUCAGCCAUUUCACAAAAAUCAUCACACCAGCGAUCACCAGAGUGGUGGAUUUUGCCAAAAAGUUGCCUAUGUUUUGUGAGCUGCCAUGCGAAGACCAGAUCAUCCUCCUCAAAGGCUGCUGCAUGGAGAUCAUGUCCCUCCGAGCCGCUGUGCGCUAUGACCCAGAAAGCGAGACUUUGACCUUGAAUGGGGAAAUGGCAGUGACAAGGGGCCAGCUGAAAAAUGGAGGUCUUGGGGUAGUGUCGGAUGCCAUCUUCGACCUGGGCAUGUCUCUGUCGUCUUUCAACCUGGAUGACACGGAAGUUGCCCUCCUGCAGGCCGUGCUGCUGAUGUCCUCAGAUCGCCCAGGGCUGGCCUGUGUUGAAAGAAUAGAGAAAUACCAAGACAGUUUCCUGCUGGCCUUUGAACACUAUAUCAAUUACCGAAAACACCACGUGACACACUUUUGGCCAAAACUCCUGAUGAAAGUGACAGACCUGCGGAUGAUUGGAGCCUGCCACGCCAGCCGCUUCCUCCACAUGAAGGUGGAAUGCCCCACAGAGCUCUUCCCCCCUUUGUUCUUGGAAGUGUUCGAGGAUUAGACUGGAUUCGUUCUCAUAAUUCCUACAGCACUGCUGGGUGUCAUUUCAUUCCAUUGCCUAAGCUCUCUGUUUGUUUCCUUGUCUCUUUGUGUCUGGAGGGAGUGUGUGAGGGGAAGGGAGGAAGUCUUGGCCUAGACAUGGAUGAAAUUGCCCCUCAAGUGCGGGUACUUGUCACUAUUGCGUUUAGUUCCCUUGUCCUGGGAUGUGAAUGCUUUGAAGGUUUCACAGCAGUGGAGGUAGAGGUGGGGUGGGGAACCACCAUUUCACCAGCACCAAGCCAUCACCAGCUCCCACCUGUCCCUAGCCAGAGACUUGAGCAAACCAAAUGGCACUGCAGAAGACUAAAGAAGCCUUAAAACCAAGACAAUCUAGUUAGCCUGGUGUGAUCCUGAUUCUUUUCAGGGCUCAAGUUAAUGGAACAAAGAUCACCCACCUGUCGUUAAAUGUGACUUGUAGCUUUUUAGGGAAAGAUUCAAACUAACUUUCACUUGUCGGGAGCAUGUUGUUUUCGGCAUUCUUCCUCCCUCCUAGCAGCAUAACUUGGAAUGUACAAGAAUAUUCGCGUCCUAACAUAGCAACCGUCCUUUUGAUAUUGUUUUGUAACUUUAUGAUUCAAGUUGCACAAGGGAGUGGCUCCAAGGUGUGCAAGAAUUUGACUGGUUGGGGCCACAGCAAAGUAUUUUUUUUUCAGUGAGCCCCUCCCCCAAAUUAGGAAUCUUCAAUGUUAAUGUAGUUUCCAAAAAUUCUCCUCACAGCAGGACAACUUCAAGAAGGCUUGUCCUGUGGGUUUAAGCUCCCAGGACAUUCCCACAGAAAUCAGACCUAUUGACAGGGAGGUAUCACUUCUCAAUCGCAUCUGAUCUGUCUUCUGCCAAGGCCCUGAAGUUACUUACACAAGCUGCAUUGUUGCUGGACUAACAGAAGAUUUGUGUGUAGAUUGAGUCUUCUAAUCAAGGAGCAAUGCAAAGUUGAACUCUUGAUUAGUGUAGUUGCAUCUGAAGUUGAAGGAAAUGCAGGGUUCCUGUACAGUAGUUGGAAGAUACUGCCUUCUGUUCUUAGACCCUCAAGCUCUUUGCUGUAUUCACAAAUAUUUCCUAGUCCCCUUUUCCAUCAGAUUCUGAGGCACUAAAUAGCUCAACUCUCUGAGCCUGGCCCUGCCAAUGAACCUCCCAUCCUUUCAAUAACAUUACCCUGGCAGAUAACUCAACAGAAAACUCCUGUGGACCACUUAUGGGAACACUCUCUUACCUUUCACACCCAACUCGUCCCUCUAAUGACCAAUGAGAGUAGCUGUGCCCAGAAAACAAAUGGUGACAUAUCACUUUAACACCAGAAAAUAAGCAGAGAAUGUACCCAUAAAAUUGAAUGUAUCUCAUUCUUCACCGGCAGAGUAGAUAUGAACUAUUCCUUGCCUGCCUUCUACUGCCUUAUCCUGCAAAUAUUGGGGAAAAUAAGCCAUAUCAGUGAGAUUUACCUACAAAGGAAUGAAAGUCACUGUGAAAACCAAGUGAAAAAUUUAAUUUCAGGUUUGGUGGAGCAUAACUGGAUAAGUCAGAGUGCCUGAGUUCUAGUUUAUGCUCUGUCAACUGGUAGAUUCCAGACUUUAGGUCUUGGGUUUUUGGUUUGUUUGGUUUUUAUAAUCUGAAUAAGUUAUGAUCUCCAAAAUCCUCCUGAUCCUCAAUAUUGUAUGAAAUUAUGUAAGGUACAUAUGGUUCUUUUGAUUAUUUCUUUCCUUUUCAAACUUCUAGCUUAUUACACAAAAAAGCAUGGCCCAUUAGCAGUUAAGAAAUAUAUUUAUCUGAUAUUGAUUCAAAGUAAGAAUGACAAUACUAGUUCACUCUUUAUCCGAAGGCAGGGUGGCCUUGUAAAAAAAGAACAGCACUGAAAAUCCCAAGUAUGAUUGAAAACCAUUGGGAGGAUGGGGUGGGGAGGGGAUAUGUUUGAUGCACUAAAACCACUAAACUAGCUUCUGGAGGAAAUGAAAUAAGAAAAUCAGUGUGAAGGGAUUAAAAUGGUAAUCAUGAAGUUCGUCGGCAGAGUGCCUGCUUUGAGUACCUACAGACCGCUGGCUUCAUUUUUGUCUGGCAGUCUCCUUACUUGCUCUGAGAUGGCCUUUGCUGCCUCUGAUCAAUCUCCUUAGGGAACUCU